GGCAUUUAUAUACGUUUCCUUCUCUCUCUCUCUCUCUCUCUUUUUUUUUUUUUUUAAUAAUCUUUGAUGUUCUCUUUUUUCAACCUUCUAUAUGUUUGGUUGCUGUUAUAUAUAAGUAGCUAGGCAGAAUGGUUUUGAGAACUCAUCAAACCAUUACCAAGAUCUUACAUGUCUACCAUAUUUCCUUCACAUCUCUGAUUUCAUUCUCAUCACUUCCAAGAUGAUGAUUUUGGGGGGAAGGUCCCUUCAACUUGUCUAUGCACUCCUGAUAUUACUGCAUAUGCAAACCUCCGUUGGAUUCAAUUCAACAACUGCUGAUUAUAAAAUUAGGUGCAUAGAGAGCGAGAGACAGGUGCUCCUCACAUUUAAGAGAAGUCUAGUUGAUGAAUAUGGCAUGCUUUCUUCAUGGGGUAGUGAAGAAGAGAAAAAAGAGUGUUGCGAAUGGGACGGAGUUCAAUGUAGUAACACAACCGGGCACGUCACUGUGCUUAUACUUUCUCUAUUAACAGGUAAUCUUAGUCCUUCCCUAUUUGAGUUGCAGCAUUUAACUUAUUUAAACCUCACUAGGAAUGAUUUCAACUUAAGUCACAUUCCAGAGUCUAUUAGUUCACUUAACAAAUUACAACAUCUUCAUCUCCAACUUUCUAAUUUAAGUGGAUCUCUUCCUAAUCAGCUUGCAAACCUCACAAGUUUGCAGUCUCUUGAUCUUAGCCAUAACGAAUUCACAAUCAAAAAUUUUGAGUGGCUUUCUUCUCUUUCUUACUUGCAAUAUCUUGAUCUGAGUGGAAUCGACCUUAGUAAGGUCAGUAAUUACAUGGCAGAGGCAAUCAAUAAGCUUCCUCAUUUAACCAUCUUGUAUCUAUAUGCAUGUAAUCUCCCAUAUGUCCUUCCUCAGUCUAUCCCCAUGAUCAACACAUCUACUUCUCUUGCUAUCCUUGACCUAAGCUUUAAUAAUCUGAGUGCUUCCACAUUCCAAUGGUUGUCCAAAUUCCAUAGGAGCCUUGUUAGACUCGACAUGUCUUAUAAUUCUAUUCAAGGUUUGAUUCCAGAAAAUCUCGGUCACAUGACUUAUCUAGAAAUCUUAGAUCUCUCUGGCAACCAAUUUGGAGGGAUUCCAAAAUCCUCUGGAAACCUGUGCAAAUUAAGGUACCUAGACCUAUAUCAUAACAAUCUUGUCGAAAUGCUUCCUGAACUUAUUAGUAACUUAUCUGGUUGUCUACAACUCUCCUUGGAAGAAUUGAUUUUGGGUGAAAAUAAAAUCAAGGGACCCUUGCCUGAUAUGAUAAAAAACUUCCUGUCACUGAGACAGUUGGAUUUUUACAACAAUCAACUAAGCGGUACUCUGCCCAAAAGUAUUGGGCUCCUGUCAAAGCUUGAGAGGUUACAGAUUUCUUCCAAUUCUUUGAAUGGGAUGAUCACUGAAUCACACUUCUCAAACCUAUCUAAGUUACAAGGCUUGGACAUGUCUUUUAAUCCUCUAAGCUUCAACUUUAGCCAUGACUGGAUUCCUCCAUUCCAGUUGGAUGAUAUAAAACUUGUGUCGUGCAAGUUAGGCCCAAUGUUUCCAAGAUGGUUAAAGACCCAGAGAAACUUUUCUUAUCUUGAUAUCUCUGGAACUGAGAUUUCAGAUAACAUCCCAAAGUGGUUUUGGAACCUAUCUUCUAGGGCAUAUUAUGUGAAUCUUUCUUCCAAUGAUCUCUAUGGAGUUUUGCCAAAUUUGUCAGCCACAAAAUUUGCUGAUUCUUUUGGCCUUCAGAUAGAUUUGAGUAAAAAUAAGUUGGAGGGCCCAUUACCAGUAUUCCCUGUUAAUGUCACAUUCAUAAACCUGUCAAAAAAUAAUUUUUCUGGGUCAAUUUCUUCUCUCUGUACUAUAACUAGUGGGAACCUUGUGUUCCUUGAUGCUUCGCACAAUCAACUAUCUGGAAAGCUUCCUGAUUGCAUGACGCAAUGGACAAGUCUAGUGGUUCUAAAUUUGGCUAAUAAUCAUUUAUCUGGGAAAAUUCCAAGCUCUAUUGGAUCUUUGUCUUGCCUUGAAUCGUUAGGUUUGCAAAACAACAAUUUCUCAGGGGAAAUACCUUGGGCUCUAGGAAGUUGCAGCGCCUUGCAAUUUUUGGACUUGAAUUAUAAUAGCUUCUCUGGAAUAAUACCGACUUGGAUAGGAGAAAGGCUAAGUUCACUGACUUUCCUUCUUCUGAGAUCCAAUAAUUUCAGUGGAGACAUCCCCUUAAAAUUAUGCUGGUUGACAAAUAUUAUGCUGCUAGACCUCUCCAACAACAAUCUAUCUAAAAACAUACCAUGGUGCAUCCAUAAUCUAACUGCAUUAGCUCAAAAGGAGAAUUCAGCCCGCGAUCAUAGUUUUCCAAUACGUAUUGAUGCUGAUCCUGAGAACAAUGGAAGAUAUGCUGACAAAGCAUCUGUAAUGUGGAAAGGUAUGGAGCGUGAUUAUGGGAAUGGAAAUCUCAAGAAUCUGAGGAUAAUCGAUCUUUCAAGCAACAAAUUAACAGGAGAGAUUCCUGUCCAGAUAUCGGUUCUCUUUGAACUGGUUCAAUUGAACUUAUCAAGAAAUCAGUUGGCAGGAAGGAUUCCUUCAGAUAUUGGGCAAAUGAGACAGUUAGAAUCACUCGAUCUGUCACAGAACCAGCUUUCAGGUCAUCUGCCGGAGAGCAUGUCCCAAUUAAAUUUCCUUAGCACUUUGAAUCUGUCAUACAACAACUUUUCAGGGAGAAUCCCAUUAUCAACCCAAAUGCAGUCCUUUAAUGCUUCUGCAUUUGUUGCUAAUCCUUCACUCUGUGGACUUCCUCUGACACCAACUUGCCCGGGAGAUGAAAAAUCAAAGAGCAAAUCAACAGACAAUGGUGGCAAAGACAAUCAAGAAGACAGAUCUGCAUUCUGGAAAUCAUUUAAACCGGGAAUGGAACUUGGAGCGGCAAUUGGAUUUGUGGGAGUUCUGGCUGUGAAGUUAGAUCAUCCAUGGAAACAUUUCUGUUUCCUAUUGUUCAACAACGUGAGGGUCCGAUUCAGCAACUUGAAGGACUGCCUUUAUUUACUUGUAGCCGCAGUUGGUUUGGUGACGAGAGAGCAUGUAUCCAGAUUGGGAAGAAAGUUGAAGUUGUUUGAGCCAUCAGUCUCCUCCUAGGGGCCGGAAAAGGUCGGUACAAAUUUUUGGUAAUCUUGUUAAACAUCUUCAUUACUUAAUUAGAAAAACCGUACCAGAGCAAAUAACCUCAUCUUAUUGUUGUUUUUCAGGUUCAAACAUGUUGCACGGAUGUCUUCUUCUAUUUCUACGUCAAUAAGUCCAAGCUGAGCAGGGCAUUAUCUCUUCCUUAAUUUUUCAGUGUGUUUGGGUGAAAGGUCUGUUUAAAUUAAAUGGUUUGUGCUUUUUUUCUUUUUCUUUUUCUUUUUUAUCAUCUAUUUUGUAAUAGUAUGCUUGAAACUGAUAUGCAAUAUGGAUUUGUAGUGUGUAAUUUAACAAAGCUCGAUGUUUUCA